UUUUUUGAUUUGUUUUGAUUUUUUUUUUGUGAUUUUUUUUUUAUUUUGAGAACUGUUCUGCGCUCCGUCUUUCUCGCCUCUUGUCGUCCCGUGUCGUUGCCCGCUCCAAGUUCUGUUGGCGACACUCACCUCACCACACACCACACCCCUUCCCCCUCCUCCUUGGACGGCAAUGUCCAGCACGACCGAACCGGAGGCGGCAGCCACUACCACCAGCAAACCGCCAGCCACCACGGCUGCUGCUGGUGAAUCUGAGAGCGCCACCGCUUCAGCACUGCCACCAGCAUCAGCAUCGACUACACCACCGGCACUGACACUCAUGGCGGCCGAUCGUGAUGGCGGGCUUGCGCUGCCGAUCGCAGCAGCACCGUCCUCAGCUGGCUCGCAUGUGUCACAUUCGCCUUCGACGACGGGUACAUUGACGACUGCGUCCCGACCACCCUCGCAGCCACUGUCGCCGGCGCUGACGCUCGUUGAAGAGCACCCGCUCAUGCAGCCUGCGCGCGGACUCUCGGCCGAUUCCUCCCGAUCAGCAUCCAAUCUGGCAGCAACAAUCAAGCCGGGAGCGACUGCUCCUCCUCCUCCUCCUCCUGCUGUUUCUUCUCCUCCACCACCACCAUCACCACCACCACCACGGGCACUCCUCCGUCCAGCCAGCCUGCACGAGGACGCAGACGCCGGUGCUGAUGCGGACGUCGACGACGACAAGGACGACGAGUCGGCUGCCAACAGCAGCAGCAACAAGAGCGAUGCCUCAUCAUCAGCGAACCCACGCCAAUCUCACCUCCGACAUUCCGUAGCGAAUUCACCCGCUCCGACCGCUGCUGCUGCUGCUACUCCUACUACUACUGCUUCAACGACUACUGCGACUACUCCAAGUGCUACUGACACUGCCGCCGCUGCUGCUGCUGCUGCUGCGUCGACUGCAGCUGACGGUGCGCUUGCUGGGUCUGCGUCUGCGUCUGCUGAUUUGAACCAUCCGCAAUUGAAUGCUGCAAUGAUGCCACUCGCUGCUGCCGCGUCCGCACCGUCCAUUCCGGCGCUGCUGAACAACGGGCUUGGCACCACGGCAGCCACUGAGUCUAUGCCGUCUCCGCCACCGUCGGCAGCCUCGUCAUCCUCGUCGCUGUCGUCCGGGACCCACUCGACCAAGCGCCGUUCGCACGUAUCGCGCCAACGUCUCUCGGCUACGCUUGCGUUUGGCACAAUGGCAUCACCUCCGUCGUCAUCGUCGGAUGAACUGUCUUCGCAUGGCUCUGACACACGGCCAAGCUCGCGACACGCCAAGUUUGCCAGCGAUGUGGGCGGUCGUGCAGCAACCAAAGGCGUUCCCAGCAUACGCCAGGUCGAGUACUGGGCGCGUCUCAAGAACCUCAAGGAGCUCUACGAACAAGAUUACAUUACUGUGACCGAGUAUCGAGAGCGCAAGGCCCAGCUGGUCGACGAGCUGACGGGCACCACCUGCACUUCAGUGACGUCGACAACGGCUGGCGGCAGUCCUCGCGGCGAGUCACACAGCCCAACAACCGUCGCUCAUCGGCCACCUCCAGACUUUGCCCUACUUGCUAGCGAGAGCGCCAUGAAGCACACUUUCAGUGUCGCUUUGGGCACUUGGACAAACACGCCCAUCAGCGUGAAAAUUGAGAGCGAGCCGUUUGCGCGCGGUGGCUUGCGUGCGGCCUAUCAUAUGAUGGACUUGUCUGAAGCCAACAAGGGUGUUACUUUUGUGGCAAAGAUGGCUGUCGGGGAAGAGGAGCGCGAGCAGUAUUUCCAAGAUGCAGAAAUGCAAAUGUUUUGCCGCCUGUGGGCCGAUCGCUACAAUGCGUACAAUCCGCCAAAGAAAAUCGAGUUUAUCGAAGCGUGGCUCAUUUCGCUGACGGAUCGUCCCAAUCAUCCCUUGUGCGCCGUAGAGCACUUUAUCGACGGACCAUACCGCAAGCACAACAACAAUUAUGGCUAUGUAAACGAUGACGACGAGCGCAACACGCCGCAAGCGUUCUCGCACUUUACCUACGAGGCGUCCAAGCACCAGCUCCUUGUCUGCGACGUCCAGGGAGUGGGUGACCGGUACACAGACCCUCAAAUGCACACCAUCGACCGGGUAGGCUUUGGAAAGGGCAACCUGGGCAUUAAGGGCAUUGAGAAAUUCCUCCAGACCCAUCGAUGCUCGGCCAUCUGUCGCUACCUCAAACUGCCCAGUAUCAACGCCAAGCAGUACGACGUAGGUACCAUUCCAUCAACGCGCUUCAUGUCAUCUAACGCCGUGGAGGGCAUUAGCUUGUCCAUCCCGGCAUCCACACCCGUCAAUUCGGCGCCAGCCUCUCCUCGGCAAAUGUCGUACGUGGCGUCGCUCGGCAUGGUGUCAACCAAGUCCAGCGUCAAUAGUACCAUCAAUAGCAGCAGUGUCCGCCGACGAGCGAGCGCGGAAACGACUCGGCUGCUCGGCAACAAGCCUUACCAGUCGCCAAGUGUUUUCGGUUGCUGUAGCAUUCUUUAAAAUUGGGAUUGAACAUUGUUAGUUUUUGUUUUUGUUAAUUCUGUUUUUGUUUUGUUUAUUCUCUAGCGCGACACGCUGUGAUCGAGCGAUCUUUCAAUAAAGCUGUUUUUUGACUC